UCGAGUUUCUAAGCGAAGCGGCCCCAUACGACGACGGUUUGGUUAGGUUAGGUCGCUAACUACGACCAAUUUUAUCAGCGGGUCGCGUUAUAUUGCGGAAUUCUCGCCAACACAAAUCUUAAUUAUUCUGAAGGAACGUUCUCGAAUGUAAUUUUAAAUUCAUUACCCCAGAAAAAUUGGCUUAAUUAACAAGUGACCGCCGCCAUAGUGAGACUUCAUUCUUUGGAUUUUUGUUUGUGUUUCACCACUUAAAAAAGCAAAUAAAAAUGUUCACCUGCGAAUAUUGCAACCGCUCGUUCAGCCGUAAAGACCACCUGGCGAGGCACGGGGACUGUCGCGCAGCAGUACAAAUUUGUGACGUUUGCGGCGGGAUAUACAAAUCCGAGGGGGCUCUCCGACGCCAUAAACGCGAGAAGCAUGAGGUUCCCAAGGCGAAAAGACCCGCCGCCGCCCCUAUUGCUGCAGACGAACCCAAGCGCCCGAGACUUGACCUACCGGAAGCUUCGACAUCAUCAUCAUCACCAUCAUCCACGCGCCAUUGUACGCAGUGUAACUUGACCAUUCCUGCAAUGAGAUGGCAAGGACACUUGCGUACUUUGGCUCACCGCCAAAAAUGCAGCGUGGUGCAGGAGCCAGGAGUAGAAAUGAUACAGACCUCCUUCCGUAACCGCAUAGUUACAUACCGUCUGGCGUCCACCAUUAACCCUACCGACGUUAAGGGCUUCUUGGACCACCUUAGGUCUAAAAUCCUUACGUUGGUAGAGUCGAACGUCCGACGCUACGGCAACGUAAAAGUCGGUAUGGAGCUAUUCGGAAACUUCCUCUUGCAGACGAAGGAACAAGAGGAGGUUAAGUCCUUCAAUACCAAAUAUCGGCUGGUGAGCGGAAACACCGAUCUGGAGGAGCUAUACGUCCAGUUCGUCGACAUCUUGGCUACCAAAGCGUCCGAGUUUCAGGAAAGGGACAGCGGCUGGGCGUUGGAGGAACUUCUCCAUUUAGAAUAGGGAUUAACAAGUACAAUCCCCUAAGGGCGUCGUCCUAUGUUAACCUGCCCAAGGAAAUCGAAGCCA